AAAAGUAGCUUCAUAUAUACGAGUAGUUUCUUUUUUAAUUGAGUAACAGAGUAAGGAAGCAUAUAUCGCCUAUUAACAUACGAGUUUUAGUCUGGGUCUGGUGUCAUGCUGUUAUUGAUCCUACAAUUCCAACACAUGAUACGUGUCAACAUCCAGAAAACACGUGUAAGUCUACACACAUCCACAACCAUCAUCUUAAAAACCUGACAUUUCCGUAUCGAAUUCCAAACAGAAAUGUUCGGUGCAAUCAAAUCAUUUCCUAAUUAUAUCCAAACCAAACCGGUAGCUGUCUCUAAAACACUGUUGGCCACCUCAAACACCUUGGUCCCAAAAUUAGCAUCUCCAGUAGUUGUCGGAAGAGUAAGAUUCCAGCAGGCAUCAGCCACCGGAAACAGCCAACAAGAAACUGAUCAUAACAUGGACAAGAAACAAGACCCUGCUGCUAAAGAAGUAGAAAAGAAAGGGGAUGUGAUGUCACAUUCGUUUGGAGAAGGAUACGCAACAAGAUCAGAUGAGGAAGGUUUUGGAGGAAUAUACGGAGGUAACCAGUCUCUUUCAAAUGAAGAUGAAGACAAGAUCGUUAAUGCCAAUUCUCCUGAAUAUGAUAAGACACAAGGAAGCGAGGUGAAGGAGAAGGAAAAAGCUCGAAACCAGACCCAUGCCAACUCUUAAUUAAGCUCCAUCGGCACGGAGUACUCAAUGAGAUGAUGAGGAGUAGUUAUCAUCGUGUGUUGGUUUAGUUUCUAAGUUUUUAGCAUCUACGAUACAAUCUUGUUUUUAGCCAGGUAGUUUACUCGAUGUUUACAUGUAUAGGUUUUUUUUUUUUUUUUGAGGUACCUGAUGACUUAGUCACGGGAAAGUCUAUAUAAAUUAUAUAUAUGAAUACGUUUUCAUAUGUAUUUGUUUUAUAAGGACUUGGUUUUGAAUGAGACCGGAUAAUUGUUUUGA